CGAGCUACAGCUCUCACGUUAUAAAUUAAACCGAAACAUGAGUUAGACUCUAAAGAAUGAGAGAACAACUAUCGGAACAUUUUUCAACAUUACAUUGGACCUGCCAGUCCUUUCGUUUUUAUUUCUAUAUUCUACAGGUAUUUUAUAACAAAUAAUAUGGCUACGUCCUCCAGCGCAGAACUGAGUAAGUCUGUCAAACAGCAGUACAUGGACCUCCCUCAGGGAGACAAAGUCCAAAUCAUGUAUGUCUGGAUCGAUGGAACCGGAGAGGGACUCCGCUGUAAAACCAGAACGCUGGAUUCGGAGCCCAAGUCCAUCGAAGAACUGCCGGAAUGGAACUUUGAUGGCUCUAGCACCUACCAGUCUGAGGGCUCAAACAGUGAUAUGUAUUUGAUUCCUUCUGCAAUGUUCAGAGAUCCUUUCCGCAAAGACCCCAACAAACUGGUCCUGUGUGAAGUGCUGAAGUACAACCGCAAACCUGCAGAAACCAACCUUCGUUUGACGUGUAAUAAAGUCAUGGACAUGGUUGAGAACCAGGUCCCUUGGUUUGGCAUGGAGCAAGAGUACACCAUUUUGGGCACUGAUGGACACCCAUUCGGCUGGCCCAACAACGGCUUCCCUGGCCCACAAGGUCCCUAUUACUGUGGAGUGGGAUCUGACAAGGCCUACGGUAGAGAUAUUGUGGAAGCCCACUACAGAGCCUGCCUGUAUGCUGGGGUCAUGAUCUGUGGAACCAAUGCUGAAGUCAUGCCUGCGCAGUGGGAGUUCCAGGUUGGCCCUUGUGAAGGCAUCAGCAUGGGUGAUCACCUUUGGGCAGCUAGGUUCAUUCUCCACCGGGUGUGUGAGGACUUUGGUGUGGUGGCCUCGUUUGACCCCAAGCCCAUCCCUGGAAACUGGAACGGAGCUGGAUGCCACACCAAUUUCAGCACAAAAGAGAUGAGGGAAGAGGGUGGGUUGAAGGCCAUUGAGGAGUCCAUUGAAAGGCUGGGGAAGAGGCAUAGCUACCACAUCCGUGCCUAUGACCCUAAAGGGGGACUUGACAAUGCCCGUCGCCUCACCGGCCACCAUGAAACCUCCAACAUCCACGAGUUCUCUGCUGGUGUGGCCAACCGCGGUGCCAGCAUCCGCAUCCCUCGCACCGUGGGCCAGGAGAAGAAGGGCUACUUUGAGGACCGCCGCCCGUCUGCCAACUGUGACCCGUACGCCGUGACUGAGGCUAUAAUCCGCACCUGUUUGCUCAGCGAGGAAGGAGACGAACCUGUGGACUACUAGAUCUAACUAGAUCCACACCUCUGGACUGAAUCCCCUUCGCCAUCACCCUUCUCCAUUCUAUUUUCUAAAUGUCUGAAAAGUCCAACUAGUACUGUAGUUGUCGUCAUUUCACUGAAAUUAUUCUAACCUUCUAAAUGGCUUAAAGUUGGCUGGUCAACGUAACAUGGAAUUAAAUCUGUUUAACAUAAAAAACAUUUCAUGAAAGAUGGUGGCUGAUAGGGCAUUGUCUUCCCCUUUCAUUUGAGUCUUUUCUAGUGGGGAGUAUUUAACUGUUUUUAAAUCCCCAUUUGAUCUCUCGUUUCCUGCAGUCUAUUGAACUGAAAUAAACUAAAGGACAUGUGGACACUGACGACUAUGGCUGGGCGGCAUGUGUAAUUUUCUUAAUAAAACCUCCUAUGGCUAGUUUGUGUACUUUAUGCCCGUUGACCUGGAUUUUUUUUUAAACUGUCACUUUAUUUCAAUGUUACUAUGUAGGAAGUGUUUUUAAAUGUCAACUUUCACAUUUUACACUACUGGAUCAUGUUGUACUGUACAUUCUUCAGAUAUCUGGCUACAAAUCCUGUCUUAUCCAUUUGGGUCCGUCUUACCAUUUGUGGCGUUCCUGUGAGACUCAUGAAGGAGUUUUAUCCUUUGUCAACUGAUUUCUUGUUCUGGCACAUGAUUUGGUAAAACCUGAAUAUGCUGAACUUUUUAUUUAAACUUUCAUUUUUAUCACAA